GAUGGAGGUUAGUGUGGAGGGGGGAGAGGUGGUUAGGUCUCAGCUCCUGGGUCCCUAGGACCCCAGUUCCCCAAAGACGGUGGCAGUGAGCUUUCCCACCCUGACAACAUAGCAUACACGCGAGUUCAUACACCCCAGUUGGUCGCGUAAAGGGAGGCAAUCGCUCUACGACGCUUCUGUCUCUGUCUUUUUCUCUUUUCUCCUUCAACAUCUUUUCUAUCUUUCCUCGACUGUUUCCUUUACUCCGUUCUCUUUCUCUCCAUCACAGCCAGAGACAGAACGUGGCCUCCUUGGAUGGCUACACCAGGUAGGCAGGGGAAGGAAGUCUCUCAAGCCCCCAAACUUAACCAACUGACUUAUUCUAUUCUGAGCCAGGUGUAAGAUAAUGCCUGGCUUCCCUGGCCUCCAAACACUGUUCCAGGCUAACCACAACACAACUUGGAGAAACCAACUUGAAGAAACCACCCAGGACUAGAGUGGCUGGGGCAGCUUUAGUGCUGUUGGUCUACCUGUCCUCCUCCUCUUCCCACUAUACUGUGGAGGGAGACAGAACCAGGGCCCCCAAGACCUGCCAGCUCCUGGGUGGCUCUAGGGGUGUCAGGGAAGCAUUACAGAUGCCCUCAUUCUUUCCUGGCCCCUCCUGGUCCCACCUGUGAACACUCCCACCUGCACUUUGCUGGAGGUCGGUCUGCCUGUCCCAUGGUGAGUCCCUCCUCCCACUUCUGGAUCCCCCUCAAUCAGUCUCUGAGUCAGAGUCUGAGAGGCCUCUCCCUUGGACCAGCGCAAAGCCCAAAGCAUGAUGAUAUCCCAUGGGCGAGGGUCUGACCCCUUGGAGUGGAGAGUGGAUGAGGAGAAAUGCCCCUGUUCCCCAACAAUUCUCUUCCCAGCCGAGCCUGGAACUGCUGUAGGGAGAGAGAUUGGGGGCGGGGUGAGUCUGAUGAAGCGGCCGGGCUGGGCCAGGCUGGGCUGGGCUGGGCUGACCCCUCCCCAGAGAGGGGCGGGACCCCAGGAGGAGGAAGGGAUCAGGGACGCUGGAGAGGACCAGACACUGGAGAGGCGAUAUGGCAGGAACCAGCCUCGGAGCCCGCUUCUACCGGCAGAUCAAGAGACAUCCCGGGCUCAUCCCGAUGAUCGGCUUCAUUGGCCUGGGCAUGGGCAGCGCUAUGCUCUACUUGCUGCGACUCGCCCUGCGCAGCCCCGACGUCUGCUGGGACCGAAAGAACAACCCGGAGCCCUGGAACCGCCUGAGCCCCAAUGACCAAUACAAGUUCCUUGCAGUUUCCACUGACUAUAAGAAACUGAAGAAAGACCGGCCAGACUUCUAAGCCUGGUUGCAGAGCACGUCGAUGUAAACCACCACCAGCCAGCCUACUCAUUUCUUCCACUCUCCACCGUCAACCCCAGGGCACCACUCUAGCCACCCUGUCCAGCUCCUGCUUACACAGGCCAGUUCCCAUGAGGAGGCAGGCAGCUCCACCCCCACCCUCUUCCUUUGCUCCCAGCAGCGGAAGCACCUCUGACCCUCAGCUUCAGUCCCACGAGGGGGAGGGGGAGGGGGAGUUAGGUGGGCAGGCAGUAGCCUGGGCAACCCAAAAGGCCAUGCCAGUCCCCCUGCCCCGCGGGCCUCACAGGGCGUGGUGCACACUACGUGUGGAGCGUGGCCUACGUGAGAGCCAAGACCAAGCAGAGGCCUGAGUGCCAAGUGACGUGGCGGGCCCCACGUUAGCCCAGGCUCUGGGCACCAGCCCAGGGGCGGUGCUUUGGCUCGACUGGGCUCGGCCAGGCUCGUCACUGACAGCCCAGCCAGCUUGGGAUGAGGCACCUACACCCAAGGAGGUGAAGCUUGCUCCUCCCAGUGCCCAAGCCCCCUGCUUCCCGUGCCAAUGGGCACCCCCUCCCACCUCACACCUGGGCCUCCCCCUGCCUUCCCCACCCCUCCCCUGCUCCUCUCCGUCCCCUGGGAUCAAACAGAAGCAGCCGUGGGCAAAAUACAAUUUCAUUUAACAAAUUGAAUUUGCUGCGCCUGCUAAUCACGUCUGGUGUCGGCUCUGAUCAGAGGGAGAGGAGACUGCAGCCCCAGGGGUCCUUGUGGUAGUGGUGGGAGGGAAGGGAGGCAUGCUGAGGGAGACAAAUCACCACCUGGCCCGGGGACCCCUCCCACAGUAACAGAAGCUCAGGGUAGGUCAGCAUUUUAUUAGAUAAAAAUGAAAGAAGGGUGCCUACCCACUCCUUCCUCUGGCUCACAAGGGGAACUCCCCCCUCCCCAAGAGAGGGCAGGGAGUCUAUAACACUGAGAUAAUGAGAGAGGUUAGAGCAGAAAGCCCCAAGCCUCUUCCUUCUAAGUCUUGUUACAAGAAGAAACCUCCUCAGCUACAAAUCCUGGGAAGGGGAACUAUACCCGCCUUUUCCCCUAAGUGGGCGGCCUUCCCCUCCUCCAGCAAAAAAUUGGAAGAUAGGCAGUUACCCCCCCCCCCUAAUUUGUCCAGGUGGGGGAAGAGGAAUAAACGUCAGUCUGUGCGCUUCA